UGAGUUAUUGUGUAUAUUUUAUUAGUAAAUUCAUUAGGGUAUUUUCAUUUUCUGGAAUUUAACCAUGAUACCCUAUAAAUUGUUGUUUAUACUUUUGUUACUUGUAAAUCACAGUUGUUCUCAGUCUUAUAAUUCAAUCGAAUCAUUCCCCGAAUCAACUUCGAAUGAUAAACAGUUAAGGAAUAAUUAUGUGGAUAACCAAUACAUCAGUCAACAUCAUUCAUCAUCAACAAAUAGUGAUACAUUAACUGCCAAGUUUACCGGCGGAGUGGUUAACUCUCGGUUAACUUUAAAACUUUCUGCCAGUCCAUACAUUAUAGGUGAAAAUAUUCUCAUAGAGAAAAAUGGUGACCUCAUCAUUGAACCAGGGGUUGAAUUAAGGUUCAAUCAUCGUAAAAGUGUAACAGUUUAUGGCUCUAUCCAGGCUAAGGGAACUGAAGAUCAAAAAAUUAUAUUCACACGCAAUGAAAAGAAUCCAGAUUAUUCAUACUCAUCAUAUCAAAGCCAAAAUUCAUCUGUGAUCUCAAGCCUUAGUUCAGUUGCAUGGCCUGAUGUAAGAUUGGUUGAUGGUGAUCUGCCCUCUGAAGGUCGAGUCCAAAUUAAAUAUUCGGGGCGAUGGCACAGUGUCUGUACCAAUUCAAAGAAUUGGACUCUUUCUGAUAUUCAAGUUGUUUGUCGUGAAUUGGGAUUCAAUGGUGGCCAUUGGUAUUCAUGGUUACCUAGGCAUAAUGAUUCUCGUCAACUUAUGUUUGAAUAUCCUGGCUGCACUGGAUCUGAAUCUAGUUUACUUGAUUGCCCAAACUGGGUAAGAGGUCGUCGAAUUGGAAGUGGCAUUUGUGAUUACCAUGCAGAUAUUGGUAUUCGAUGUAAUCGUCAGUUAUACAGUCCACCAUCAUCCCCCUUGAUUCCAGCUUAUUGGUCAGGAUUAAGGUUUAUCCGUUCAUCUUCACGGUCAACUUUACUUUUUAAUGAUCGGGUUCGUCGGGAGAUUUCACGGUCUAUUCUUGAAAAUGUGAUCAUCACUUAUGCUGGAGAAGAUAUUGACGGUGAACCUGUUGCUGCAAUCUAUUCAGUUGGAGUUCCUCCCCAACUAAAUCGAGUUGAAGUCAAAUGGUCUGCAGCUACUGGUCUUAACAUUUCCGAUCCAAUUGAUGGAAUAUCCAUUGUAGAUUCUUCUUUCUCUGACAACCGAGGCUAUGGAAUAUUCAUCAACAGCUCCUUUGGAAGUGUUACUCUUAAAGGUUUAAGAGUAAGAAAUAAUGGUGCUGAUGGUAUUCGUUAUAUUACCCAUGAGUCAAUUGGAGACGGACAAUCAUUUUCAGAAUCUACUGAAUUAGAUGGAUCUCAAGUAUAUCCUUUGAUAUUAACCCAUGGCCAAAGCAAAGAGUCCCGAGUUGAAAAUCCUGCUUGUCGCUAUUUUGAAAUUCCAACUGAUUUGAAAUCCAGAGGAAUUCAAUUAACCGCCCAUUUCCCCUACUUAAUGAGUGAAUCUUAUUGGGGUGACGUCAGGGACUAUCAUUUGAGCCGAGAUGGCUACAUAGAAGUCUAUGAAGGUUAUACACGAACGGUUAUUUCUCGAUUUCAAAUUCGCAACUCAACUCGUCCACCAAGCUUUACCUCUCGCGAAGGUAAACUCAGGAUUUGCUAUGUGCCCGCUGUUUUGAAAAGAUUAACAUUCAGUAUGAUUGUCGUUGCUGACAUGGGUAGAGCUUACGAUUUGAAUGUUACAGAUUGUAAUAUUCAAAAUAACAAUGGUCGAGGUAUUUGGGUUGAAAAUCAAAGAGCAGGAACAGUUGUUAAUCGAACGCAGGUUUCAGGUCAUGAUUAUGUGGCUGGAAUCAACAUUGCCUCUGGAACUGGAGAUGUAAUUAUCAAUCAAACAACCAUUGUUGAUAAUAUUGGUGAUGGAGUUAAUGUCACAUUAGCUGGAGGUUAUAAACACAUUGAUAGAUCAACAAUUUCUCGUAAUUCACUCCGUGGUGCAGCUUUUUGGUUCAAUGAAUCUUCCCAUUAUUUGAUUGUCCCUAAUGAAAAUCAUGUUAGUUAUUCAGUUAUCGCUGAUAACCUGGAGGGUGGUCUUUUAAUGGGUAAUGUUUGUCUUGCUGAAUCUUUUUGGAAUAUAUCAAUGAACUCAUUUGAUGCUAAUUUGGGCGACGCAAUUGUUUACCAGUCAUGUUGGGAUCCUGAUUAUGGAAGACGUGAUGAAAUUUUGAUAACAAACAAUCGAUUCACCCGAGGAGCUCGGCUUGCUAUUAAUAUUGCUCCAGCUUUUCAUUUUCGUGCAAGUUUAAUCGCUCAUAAUUACUUCGAAGGGCAUGCUAAAGGUGUUCUCUACAUUAAUAACUGGAAUUAUGUUUAUGACGAUUAUCGUUAUCGUGAUGUUGAAGCUGUCAUUGAUAUUCGAGAAAAUCAUUUUAUUCGCAACCGAGGUCCAUUUGUGGUCAAUAUUGGUCUUCAAGAAUCUAAUGAAAGACAAAAAUUAAAUUUCGAACGCAACAUUCUCAAAGACAAUGUUAUUCGUGAAAUGUUUGACAGACUCAAUCCUAGAUCACGUGUUGCUGCUGUUGUUGUUAUUUCUUCAAGCAAUUGUAAAGUUAAUUUGAAUAAUCUAAUUAAUCCAGAAUCAACUUAUGAGCUUGGAUCUCAUUUGGAACAUCAUGCAAAAACAAUUGAUGCUACACGGAAUUAUUUUGGACAAAUGAGAGGAGAAUAUCCAUCAAGACAAAUUUAUAAACGUAUUUUUGACCGUAAAAACCGUUACAACAUGGCCAUGAUUAAGUUUCUGCGAUAUAGAACUUCUGAGAAUAUAUUUGAUAAUGAAGACUAUCUAUCUUCAGACAAAGAAAAGGAAAGAGACAAAUACAGUCCAUUUAUUGAAGGUAACAUAAUUGGUGGAGAAAUGGCUGCUGAGAUACUUCAAUUGGAGUCUAAAACAUACAGAGUUUCGGAAGAUAUUCUUGUUAAGCCUGGCUCUCGUUUGAUAAUCACUGAAGACACUGUUCUUUCAUUUGAUCAGUCAAUUGGAAUGAUGAUUCAGGGCCACGUGGAGUUUAAAAGCCAAACCAUGAAUCGAAUCAAAUUUACAUCAUCAGGAACUUUUGGAUCAUCAUCUCAACCAACCAUUACUUCAAGUGUCAAUCAAGUUUGGAAAAGUCCAUCUAUCCCUAGCAAAGUCAACUCAACAAUACCAGUGACAGGAGAUAGAUUCAAAGCUAUUGGCAACCGAUCAGCCCGAGCAACAACUAGUGGUUUUGGUUCAACGAGUGGAAGAGUCCGUCUUAGUAGAGGAGAUUAUGGAUUGUUGGAAGUGCAAAUGGACAAUGGAAGAUGGGGGUCAGUUUGUUCUUAUGGUUUUGAUAUCGUUGACGCUUCAGUUGUUUGUCAACAGCUUGGUUUAGUUGUUAACUCUCGUGACUGGUUAUUGGAAAAGAAUCAAUUUACUUCAUCAUCCAAUUUAGAAUCAUCAGUUGUUUUAAGCAAUGUUCAAUGCACUCCCCUGGACAAUGACAUUUUACGUUGUAAAGCUGAAAAUCGAACACGAGGUGAUUUUGAUAAUUCGUGCCUUUCUGAAGUGGGAAUCAAAUGUUAUCGACCUUCAUGGAGUGGUGUCCGCUUUGGAAUGUCUGCUGAUCAAACUGAAAUCAAACACAUUGAAAUUGAAAAAGCUGGACUCUUUGACUACGCCUCUAACUCAUUCAGACCAGCAUUACAAAUUGAUUUUAAUCGUCACCGUCUAUUUAAUGUAAAAAUCACGGAAAACAAUGAUGCUGGUAUAGGUAUUAUGUGGAAUGACUUUUUUAAUACAAGAGAAUCUUUAGAAAUAUCCAAUUCUGAGAUCCGUAAAAAUGCUUUCCAUGGAAUUAUCUCUCAUUCUCAAGGAUUAGUUUUGGUAAAUUCACAUAUUCAAGAAAAUGCUGGAAGUGCCUAUCACUAUGAACCUAUGGUUAAUAAAUGGGAGCAAAUGGAUCUUAAAUCCUGGAUUGCUCCUCGUGAUCCAAAAUCAAUCAAAACAUUACCUGAAGAUGGAGUCAACUUGACUCUUGAUCCCUCACAAAGUGAUCAUUUGUAUGUCAAAAUAACAUCUAAGCCCGCAAGUCUCUCUAAAUUUUCAUUCAACAUCAAAACUCGAGAAACUUAUGCUAUUGGAAUCAUGGUUUUGAAUCCAAUAUUUGAAGGUUUCACUGACCGAUUGACAAUGUAUAAUAAAAACAACCCAAAAGCACCUGAAUAUGAUUUGAAAGCAAACUUAUCAUCUUUUCCAUUCUGGAUUUACUCGUUUGAAGUGAGCUUUGAUUAUGAUGCUGGACACACCCCAAAAGGCGAUAUCAUUCUUUACUUUGUGACAAAAAAGAUAACCUUUGAGGAUUACUUGGAUUUAGACUUGACUGAGCAGCAAGAAGAAAAGAACCGUAAAAUCAAGACUACAAUUAUUAAAGGUAACUUGUUUCAAGGAAAUCGUCAUGGUUUCUCGGCCAGCCAUUACAAUCGUAAUAUUGGAACAAAUGGUGAUUUCUUUUAUCGCCAUUGCAAUGAAACAUUCAUCUUGAACACAAAUUCUUUCAUCAACAAUACCAAAGAAUCAUUGCUCAUCGAUGCUCCUCUUUAUGAUCCUGGCUUGAGUGCAUUAGCCGAAAUUAAUUAUACUUUGAUAAACAACAAAUUUAUUGGCAAUUCUAAAGGCAUUUAUCAAGAAAGUCGCAAUUAUCGUGGAUCAAACAAUUUGUAUCAUUGGACAGUUAAUGGGUCAAUAUUUGAAAACAAUGCCAAUGGAGGGGUGAUUCUUUAUCUUCCCUAUGUUUGGCAAUAUAAUGAAAACUUUACGCAUUCAAUAUCCGUUCAUAACAAUUCUUUCCGUCGAAAUACAAAUUUCGAGUUCACAAUUGAUGGACAUUUUGCUCGUUUUAACAUGUCUCGAAACAUUUUUCAAGAUAAUAAGUGCAAAGAUGGUCUGUUUACAAUCACUGGUAUGGAAAAAGCAAUGCUUAUAGAGGACAAUGACAUCGUUCAAAACAGUGGGCGUUACAUGGUUGAAUUUAAUGUUGAAAGUCAUGCUGAUAUGUUUGGAAUAGUUCAAGCUUAUUUUAGACGUAAUCGUAUUUUGGAAAAUUCUGAUGAAAGUCGUUUGACUGGAAUUCGCCGUGACCACCAUAACCCCGCUAGUUACUCAAUGGCAUUGAGAGGAGUUCAAUAUAUCAACAUAACUCGUAAUUUGAUACGAAAUGAUGCACUUCUUUUCGAAUUUAUUGCUGGAGUCUUAACUGGUUCUCUUCAAAACCGAAUCAAUGUUGUUGAAAAUUGGUGGGGCACUGCCAACUCAACGCGAAUUAAAGAACGUAUAUUUGAUUUUGAUGACUGGAAUAGCUAUGCUAUUGCCAACUUUAGUCCCAUGUUAACAACCGAAUCAAUUGAUGCUGCACUUGUCAACGCUGAUCUUAGAGAAGCAUUCAUGGAUCUAGAUAGACCUUUUGGGGGAAGAAUUCAUUCCUCUUUAACUUUAACCAAACGUGAUAAGCCUUAUAUAAUUAAUGCUGAUUUAACUGUCCUUCCUGGAGCUAAUUUAACCAUUCAACCUGGCGUUGUUCUUGAAUUUUAUCCAUCCGUUGGUAUUUUAGUUCUUGGAGAUUUAGUUGCUUACGGAACUCGAGAAGAUUGGAUAACAAUGAGACCAUAUUCCAGUCAUUAUAAUGGUAUUGAAUUGAAAGAUGGUCUGGAAAUUGAUGUUAUAAGGGAAAAAAGAUCAAUAUCAAUGGCUCGAAUUUCAGAUCUUUCAGAGGUACGACUUUGUCAUACUGAAGCAUGUGAGGAAUGGAAACAGGGAAAUCGUCAUGACGGUUUUCUUGAGAUCUUCAAUCGUACAACAAUGCAAUGGAUUCCAAUCUGUGAUGAGCGAUUCUCAGAGAGAAACGCUCAGGUAGUUUGUUCUUCUUUGGGCUAUUCACGUCUUAAUGUUCAUCUUCGUAGAGGCCCACGAAUAGAUAUGAGUCCUACUUAUACCUCACGAGUUCGCUAUUGGCCACAUCCUCUCCAAUGUUCUGGCAAAGAAUCUAAAAUUACUGAAUGUGAAAUUAGACUUAAUGGAUAUACCAAUGAAACUCAAGGAUGUCAUCAUGAUGGUAAAUCUUUCGUAUACAUCUUUUGUGGUCCUCUUGAAAAGGAGAAGGAAGAUAAAUAUUGGGGUGGAUUAAGAUUUGCCAUUCCUGAUUUCGAAAAGCCAACUGAUGCAAGUUUCCAACUUCCAACCAGGUCACACCAAGAGCCUAGAUCUAGAUUACAGUAUGUUGAAAUUUUAGGAGCUGGAAUUUUACAUGGUGAACGGAAUGCUGCCAUUCAAAUAAUUCAGCGAGAUGUUGGAUUAGAGUUUGUAACUGUCCGAAAUUCAGCUUAUCAUGGAAUUGAAGCUAUCGCUCCGGAAAAACACCUUAUCUUUCACAAUCUUGAUCUCACAAAUAAUUUAGGCUCAGGUCUUAAUUACUUAUUACUUAACGGAGCUUCUACUGACAUGCCUUUCCUGCCUUACAUCCCGUUGAAAGAGUCAACUUUACCUUACAACGUUUUUAGUUUUGUUGACAUUUGUGAUACAAACAAAAACUUGGUCAUCGAUCAACGUCUCAUACUUUAUUUCAAAUAUGAUUCUCGAGCGGUAGAUUGUGUUAAAAUUAUCCGAUCCUCUGUUAAAUCCAAAAAAGUUGGCUUUCGACUUCUUCAAUUCAAUUUGUUCAACUCAUCCAGUUAUAGUGCAACAACUGAUUUCAUUCGUGUCUAUGAUGGUGAUAUAUUCAAUCAAACAACUAAAUUAAUUGCCGAAAUGGGUGUUAGCAAUGAACAUCGUCGUCAAGCAAGUGAACUUCAAUAUUACAAAUCAUCCGAAGAUUCCCUUUCAGUUCGUAUCCACGCCUCUGGUGCCUCUGGUAUCUAUGGAUUUGUGGCUGAGAUAACUACAAGUCCAAUUUCUUACUUUAUCGGUCGUGGUUUAUUCCAUAACGUUACCAAUUCCCAAAUUUACAACAACAGUUUAGGAGGAAUGAUUUACAAAAGUGUUGGAGAAACAUCACCUUCGGUUUCCAUUUUGCGAAGCUCGUUUGAGUCAAAUUGUUUGUCCAUUUUUGGUAAUUUCACUACUUGUCCGUCCGCUAUCUUCCUUCAUCUCCAAAACACACCUCACUUUUAUUUUCAAAAUAAUUUGAUUAAAAACAAUGAUGGAGGAUUAAGAAUAAGAGUCAAUGCUCAAAAUGCUGCCGCCGCUUUACAUGCCUAUAUUGUUAAUAAUUUGUUUAUUGACAAUCAUAAAAGAGAAGCUUUGUAUAUUCGUGGACCUGAUAGUGGCUCCUAUCAAAUUGUCAUUAUUCGUCGCAAUUACUUUAAUCAUAACUUAUCACCCCACAAGAACAACAUUUAUUUAUCCAAAAUCUUGUUCAAUUUCACUGAGAAUGUUAUGGUACGAAACUAUGGUCGUCAUCAACUGGCUGUAGUUGGUUUUGACAUUUCCUAUUCCCAUCAAACAAUCUAUCGUAAUUGGUUUUACAACAAUUUUGCCAGCCAUUGGGAAGAAAAGAGUACAAUAUUUGCCACUAAUUCCGGUCAAAGAUAUGAUUACAAUUAUUUAGUCAAUCCUGAUAAUAAUUUUGAAAUCGCCACAAUGAACCAAUCCUUGCCCGAUUUAUCGAAAGCACUUGUUGAUGCAAGUUUUAAUUGGUGGGGUUUCAAUGAAACGGCUGCUGUUGCUGGUCGUAUUCGUGAUGCUAAUGACUACCGAGAAUUAUUAUCAGUCAGAUUUGCGCCUUAUUUAACAAGUAAUGCCUCAGUCUUGUCUGGUAUUUGUUCUGGAGGCUGGACUAAGAUUGGUGAUACUUGUUUCCUUUAUUUCGGGGCUCGACUAACUCAUAGUGAGGCCAAACAUUUUUGCGAAUUGCAGAACUCAACUAUGCCAGUAGUUAAAGCACAUUUUGAAGAAUUGACUAAUUAUCUUUACGAAUCAGAAGAAACAUAUCAUCGACGUUUCUAUCCUGUUUGGGUUCAAUCUUUAGGUUUUCUUGAAAAAGGCUGUACCAUUUUAUUGGAUGGUAAAAUACAAAGUUAUCAGUGCAAUGAAAGACUACCUUUCCUCUGUGAACGAGCACCAACCAUAGGAAUUACUUUAUUCUGGUUGGAUGGAUCACCUUUUGGACUUGCAAUCAUAUCAAUUUCAUUGGUCACUGCUAUUUUAACAUUCCUUUGCCUAUUAUGUUGGACAUGUAAAUCACGUGAACGUCAUAAGGAGAAAUUGGAAAGACACAAUUCAAUUCGAGCCUCAAUUAGAUCAAAUAGAUCCUUUUCAUCUUCAGCAUCUUUGAGUGAAAUUGCUUACAAAAGGCAAAUAGAAAAGGCCAUAAUCAUGGCUCGUGAAAAUCAAGAGUCAAUGGGUUCUGGAGCAAUCAUGAGAGCUGGAGCUACCGCGAUUGGAGCCAGUUCAUUCAAAGGAAUUACAAAUCCAAAUAACAUUUCAAAUAAUGAUAGUUAUGAUUCAUUAGCAAAAGACAAUUCACACUUUGUUGGAUCUGAUACUUCAGAUGAGGUUGAAUAUAAUCGUGUUGGUCAGCCUUCUCGUCAAGUGUUCAGAGAAUUGGAAGAUCGAUUUUCAAAAGAUCCACAGCUAGAAAAUGCUAAUGUUGAUUAUCUUUUAAGGCCAACAUUCGAUUUCACAAUUCAAAAUGAAGGCUUCAAAGAAACACCAUCAAUAUCGCGAGCCUCUGCUGAUAUCUCCAAAGAUUAUCCUUACAAUACGGGAGACUCUUCCCCUGUAAAUACUUUGUCAACAAUGGAUACAAAACGAACAGAGGAUGAUGAUGACGAUGAAGAUGAUCACACAGAUCAACAUUCAGAUUCAUCAUCUCCAUCUCUUUCUUAUCCUAGAGGUCAUUCAUCACCUCAUCAUUAUGAGGAAUAUAAGGGCAAAUCACCAACUCCUUCAUCAACAUUACCAGUAACCAAAGGACAAUACAAUCAUCAUCCAAAUCUUCUUAAUAAUAUCUAUCCUUCACAGUCACAUCAUUCCGACUCUCAAAUUAUCAACAAUUCUUCACCUUUCACAAAUAGUUAUAAUCAUCAUGAUUCAACUUCAUCAUUUAACGUCCAUGGACGAAGUGGAACAAUUCCUUCACUAUCUGAUCGUCCCUACUUAGAAACAUGCCUUGAUACAGACAAUAAUUAUGAUUAUUUCCAAUUUUCAUCGACUAAUCGUUACUCACCCACUGCCUCUGUAACAACCGCAUCAACCAACAGAAGCCGUCCACCGUUGGAAACUGCAAUGUGAUUCCUAUUUAAUCGAACAAAACAAAGAAUAUUACUAUAAUUUUAAUUACAAUCGAUUGUUUGUAAAUUAAGCUAUAUGGUCACAAAUUUUCGAUCAAGAGUCAUCCGGUUCUGAAGCUACAAUUGGUGCAAGUUCAUCUUACAAAUUUCCGAUCCACAAAAACAUCCAAUCAAAUGAAGAUCAUUAUUCAUUAACAAUGGAUGAUUUACUUUGUUGAAUUUAUUAAUUUUACAAUUCAAGAUGGAAGGCUUCAAAGAAACAAUGACUCGCGCUUCUGCUGAUCUCUCAAAAGAUUAACUUUAUUAUUCAGGAAUUUUUGUUUCCUGUCAAUACUAUAUCAAAUAUGAUUAAAAAAGAUGAUCGAUUUCCGUCAUCGCUUUCUCUUAUCCUAAACCACCAACUCCUUAAAUAACUUCACCAGUUACCAAAGGACAGUACAAUCAUCAUGCAAAUCUUGACAAUCACCAUUUCCAUUUUUCUCAAUCACAUCAUUCCAAUUCUCAACCAAUUCAUCAUUCCUUACACAAAUUACUAUAUAAAUUUGAUUCCUCUUCAUCACGCACUGUCUAUUGACAAAUGAAAAAUUCCUAUAUCGACUAAUUGUCCCUACUUAGCAACCUGCCUUUAUAUACAGACAAAUAAGAUUAUUUUAAUUUUGCACCAUCGUUUCUCACCCCACUGCCUCUGUGAAAUGAACAAACAGAAUCCGUCCACCGUUGGAAACAACAAUGUAAUUUUAAUAUAAUAGACGAACAAAGAUUUUAAUUUUAUCUUUUUAUGCUGCUUAACUUUGGUAAAAAUGGUCACACAUUCUGGAUCAAGAGUCAACCAAUGCCAUUUUCAAAGCAAAAACACCUUGACCCGGAGAUAGCAUUUGAAGUAAUUCUUUGUUUUAAUACUUUCUCUUGGUUUUCAACCAUUUUGUGCCUUUCACUUUAUUAAUCAUAAGUCAUAUUGUUACCGUCUUGUCAUCAUUUUUUCAUCAACAUCAUCAUCAUCACUGUCUUUGACAUCAAUCAAUUUGAUUCCUGCUGCUUAACUUUUUUUUAAGCAUUUUUGUACACUUACAUUCACAUUUAACUUGAAUAAAAAUGUAAUAAAACUUCAA